UAGGCGCACUACCAGACACAUGGGCCCCAGCUUCAUCACUCCCUCCACCACCUCCCUCCAACCUACCCUCCUUCCCUUCAUUCCUUUCGUGCCUUUUGUUCCCUCCGUGCUCUCCUCUCACCCCUUCAUUACUCCAAAUCCUUGGCAUUCCACCCUCUCAAAAAAUACAGCUUCUUUAAACUUUUCUUUGAUCCUGCUAGGAAUUUGACUCUCUUGCUCUCAUGGAUGGUACUCUUGGUUUACUAGGUGGCGGUAGUGGAGGAGGUGGUUCUUCUGGGGCAUCCGCUAAUGAGUCCACUGUAUCAAAGGUGGAGGUGGUGGAGCAAGACUUUGUGGGCAUGUCCUCUGAGGCAUCCUCAUACCCGGCAGAGGCUGAGCUCGAGCUGGGUCUUGGUCUGAGCCUAGGUGGUGGUGGUGCUGCAGUAAAGGCUAAGCCUUGUAAAUGGGGAGAGCGUGGUCGAAUCUUGACUGCCAAAGACUUUCCCUCUGUGGUCUCCCAUGGUUCCUCAACUCCGUCUCGGUUCUCAGACACAGCUACUGCUGCUGCUGUUGGCCCUGUUUCUGGAACUAAGAGAGCUGCUGACUCUGUUUGUCAGGAGGGUGGAUCUCCUACUGGUGGCAGCAGUCAGGUCGUGGGAUGGCCACCAAUAAGGGCUUAUAGGAUGAACAGCUUAGUUAAUCAAGCAAAGAGUCAAAGGGCUGAAGAAGACAAGCUGAUUGGCGAGAAAGAUAAAUCCCCCGAUGCUACAAAGAAGAAAAUUUAUUCAAAGGCUGAAACUAAUGCUAAAGAAAAAUGUCAUCUUGGGUUUGUGAAGGUGAAUAUAGAUGGAGUUCCAAUUGGAAGAAAGGUUGAUUUGAAUGCUCAUUCUUGCUAUGCGACUUUGGCCCAAAUGCUGGAAGACAUGUUUUUUAGGUCCGCCACAACUGUCAAAUCAAUGGGUGGAGAGGAGCAAUUGACAAAGCCCUCUAAGCUCUUGGAUGGUUCAUCUGAAUUUGUGCUCACUUAUGAAGACAGAGAUGGAGACUGGAUGCUUGUGGGAGAUGUUCCAUGGGGGAUGUUCCUUGGCUCGGUGAAACGGCUUCGAAUCAUGAGGACCUCCGAGGCUAAUGGACUUGCUCCAAGAUUUCAUGAAAGGAAUGAAAGACAAAGAAGCAAGCCCAUAUGAUGUUGCUGCUAUCUGAUCAUUUUCAAAUUUGGUAAAUGAAGAAAACCCACAGUUUGACAACAAAAGUUAAAAGGAAAGUAGAAAAGUUGAAGAGACAGAGUGUCCAACUAAGAUUGUUCUUCCACUGUUUUAUCCUGCUCUUUUUUUGUUAUACUCAACCAGUUUCUGGUUCUUGCUGCUUUUUUGUUCUCUUAGGCCAAUUUGAUUUUAGUUCUUACAGUCUCUUAUAUAUAGUGCUACCAUACAGGCCUGCCUACUUGGCUGAUUGCUGCUUCACCGUAUUGUAAAUAUGGGAGUACUUGAUAUCUAGAGUGUCGAGUUUGGUGCAA